UUGACUGAGAAAAAAAAUCCUGUCGCAGAUCAGGUUGACAGCUGAUUGCAACGCCGAUAAACAUAAACAUUCAGCAAUGGCAGCGAGAGGUGCACACAUAACAGCGAAUGUGGAAGUUAAACCAUCUUUGUUUGAGGUUUUAGCGGCAGAUUCGUUAAAUGUUACCUUCUAUCCUGCAAUAAAACGCGUGGUCGAUUUUUUAGCAACAGCAAAACCUGCCGUCUUCGGAGGAUUGGUUCGGUAUUAUGACGAAUUCUAUUUGAUCUUCAACAGUCUCGUCCAAGGGUACUAUAUGAAAAACUAUGGAGGAUCGCUAGCAGAAAUAUUUUACGGACUUACAAGAACAUCGCUGCGAAGUAAAACAUUCACCACGAAAGAUCGCAAUUGGUCGUUCGUCGUACUAGUGCUGGUACCGUACGCUGUCCGCAAACUGGAAAAGGCGUGUGACCAAUGGAAGGAGGAUUAUGAAAACGCGAAACAUGUCCCGGCAAAUCGUAAGCUCUUAUACCGCCUGCUACCGUAUGUGAAGGCGUGCUACGAAAGUGUAAAGCUUAUUCAUUAUGUGUCGUAUUUGGCCAAUGUCUCUCAAACCCAUGCACCUUCGUUGCGAAUUUUGGGGCUUGGGUUGACUUACCUUUCUGAAGACGAGGAAAGUUGGUCAUUUAGGGACAUAUUGCAAGGCAAAGUAAGGGUUGCUACGAUGCUCAGCACCGCCCUUUUGCGUUGGUUGGAAUUGUCUGCAUUCUUCCUACAAUUCAUUGAAUGGUGGCAAACGGAAGCUAAUAUUGGAGACCUCUCGAAGCUGCCAAUACCGGACGCUCCCGAGCCAGAUGCAAAUGCGGAAAAGUACGCUAAUGUAUGCCCUAUUUGUCUACAAAAGCACAUAAUUCCAACGGCGAUAUCUGUUUCUGGAUAUGUGUAUUGCUAUCGUUGCAUCGUUACCCAUCUUCAAUCGGAGAGCAGGUGCCCUGUCACUAAAUAUCCCGCUACCAUCAACGAUUUGAUUGGAAUUUUUAGCGGCGAUGAUGACUGAUAUGUUAAGCUAUUUGGUUGGGUUAGUUUUAAAAUAUUGUACAACAAGAGGUUUGAUGGGUUCAUUGCAAAAGCUAAUCAGCUUGAGGAACAUAUUUGGGCAUUUAUUUCAAUACGCUUCACACGUAGAACGCGUAUAACAAGUUUCAAGUUGUUAUUAAUAGAAUAAUAAAUAAAAAAUUAAACCUAUACAAUAAGUACAAUGGUGAAAAGAAA